CACCAGGGCCUGCUUCCAGAGCUGCUCCUAAACAAGCCCACCUUGAAGAAACAACAACAAAAACCCAAUCCUUCCUGAUCCACGAUGUCCCUCAAGCUGCCACGGAACUGGGAUUUCAACCUGAAGAUGGAUGCUGCAAAAAUAGCCCGCUCCCGCAGUGUGAUGAGCGCCGAUCCCGGCUCGCAGCCCUGCCCCGCCCCGGGCCCGCGGCCGCUCAAGCUGGGCUGGCUGCGCAAGCAGCGCUCCAUCGUCAAGAACUGGCAGCUGCGCUUCUUCGUGCUGCAGGGACAGCGGCUGCUCUACUACAAGGACGAGGACGAUGCCAAGCCCCAGGGCUGCCUGUCCCUGCAGGGCAGCACCAUCAAGGUGGUGGCCACCAACCCAGAGGAAGGAGGGAAAUUCAUCUUUGAAAUCGUCCCAGGGCUGGCGGGGGAGCCCGGCCGGGCAGGGCAGGACCCGUGUGUGCUCAUGGCCAGCUCGCAGGCGGAGAUGGAGGAGUGGGUGAAGUCCAUCCGCAGGGCGCUGGGCGCGGCUGCUGGAGCAGUGUUUGGGCAGCCCCUGGCAGACACCGUGGCCCACGAGCAGAAGCUGGGGCAGCCCCAGGUGCCCGUCCUGGUGCAGAAAAGCGCCGAGUUCAUCCGGGAGCACGGCGUGGCUGAGGAGGGGAUCUUCCGCCUGCCCGGCCAGGACAACCUGGUGCGGCGGCUGCGCGACGCCUUCGACGCCGGGGAGAGGCCCUCCUUCCCCAGGGACACCGAUGUGCACACCGUGGCCUCCCUGUUCAAGCUGUACCUGCGGGAGCUCCCGGAGCCCGUCGUGCCCUGGCUGCAGUACGAGGAUUUCCUGCUCUGCGGGCAGGCUCUGGAAGCGGAUGAGACAAAGGGCCACCAGGAGCUCCUGAAGCAGCUGUCCCUCCUCCCCAGAGACAACUACAACCUCCUCAGCUACAUCUGCAGGUUCCUCUAUGAAAUACAACUGAACUCCAGCGUCAACAAGAUGAGUGUGGAUAACCUGGCAACGGUGAUUGGAGUGAACCUCAUCAGACCCAGGAUAGAGGACCCUGCAAUUAUCAUGAGAGGCACACCCCAGGUCCAGAAGGUGAUGACUGUGCUGAUCAGUGACCACGAGAAGCUCUUUCCCCCAUCCAAGGAUGUGCCUCCCUCCCCACCUGCCCCGGAUGAGAAGAAAGCUCCUGUCCCUCGCAGCUCCGUGGGCUGGGGAGCUGCAGAGGAGCCCACAGCCCCCAGAGCCUCCAGCCAAAGGCAAAUGAGGGAUCACCCCAAUUCCAGCAGCUCCCCUGGCCCAGCUGCCACCUCGAGCGUCCCUGGGGAGGACACGGAGCCCAGAGACACCCAGGGGACGUGGAAAACACAGGCAAGGCAAAGAACUCAGACUUUGCCUACGAGGAGAUCCUUCCUGGCAGCGGCUCCGGGGGAGAGGGGCAGCAAGGAGAGGAGCGACGUCCUUGCCAGCGACUUCUGGAAGGGCAGCGCCCGCCCCCUGCCCUCGGAGGGACACAAGAGAACGCUGUCUCAUGAUCUUUUCAAGCUGCUCGACCUCCACAGGGCUUCAGCCUUCGACAGUGGCCCCUCCUGCCAGGCAGAGAGCGGGGAGGGCAGCGGCUCCAGCCCCAGCCCUGCCAGCAGCAUCUCCGAGAAGGAAUUCCUGCCCUGCUUCAGCCCCGGCCAGGAGCCCAGGGAGGCAGCCAGUGCCACCAGCAGCCCCGCUGAGGAGCCCAGCCCCGAGCAGGAGAGCAGGGAGCUCCUGCAGAGCACGAUCCUCAAGCUGGAAAAGGACAUGGAGGCACAGAGAAACGACUACGAGGGGCAGAUUAAAAGUCUCCAGGAGGAGAACUAUGAAGCCUGGGCCAAAGUGGUGAGGCUGAGCCAGGAGAUGGAGCAGGAGAAGAAGAAGUGUGGGGAGCUGGAGCUGAGGCUGGAGAACGCCGAGCGCUUGCGGGAGGAGCUGGAGAAGAAAAACAAGAUGCUCGAGGAGGAGUUAAAAAACUUAACUAAACCCACGAGUAAAACUGGUGCCAAAACCAACUAGGAGGACACACCCAGCUUUUCAGAGACCCCAAAUGCAGCUGCACAAAUGCACAGGAACUGCAGGUUCAGAGCCAAGGAUUUGUAUUGUCCAGUGUCCUGCUCCUGCCCACAGGCCAAGGGGGAGGAAGGAGAGCAGAGCUUAGAGGAUGGUUCAUGCUCUGAACCAGGAAAUCUCAAAAAUAUCCUUUAGCUUUUUUGGGUGUGUUUAUUUCAACUCUUCUUUCAGCUGCUCAAGUUACCUGGAGAACAGGCCAACACUUCCUGCUGCUCAGUCAGAAUUGCACUCAGAAGUUUGGGUUAUGGACACGUUGUGCCUUCACAGAAAGAAACCAGAGGUGUCCCUCCUCCAGCUGCCUGUCUCCUUGCUGGAGACACCCAGGCAAAACAUCCAUGGAUUUGGGCAGGCAGAGGAGCCCCAGGCCUGGGGAGGCACAGCCCUGGGUGGUGGAGAUGCUCACCUCAAUCCCAGCUGGUUCCUGCUCACAUCAAUCCCAGCUGGAUCCUGCUCACAUCAAUGGA